GCAGGUGAAUGACUUUAUUACCCGCACUCUCUCCCUCUAUACUAUAGACUUUCCGACCUUGCAAGUCACCGACAGUUCUUAUAAAUGCCUAUACUCUUCCUUCAUCACUCUAACAUCUCAUCUCUCAAAAACUCUCUCUCUAUGGAUAUUUCUCAAAAAUCAUAAAAACAUGGUACAAACAAGGAAGUUCAGAGGAGUCAGGCAGCGCCAGUGGGGCUCUUGGGUGUCAGAAAUUCGCCACCCAUUACUGAAGAGGAGGGUGUGGCUAGGGACGUUUGAGACAGCAGAGGCAGCAGCAAGAGCAUAUGACCAAGCAGCAAUUUUGAUGAACGGACAGAAUGCCAAGACCAAUUUUCCGAUAUCAGACAACAAUUCCGACCAAGAAACGAAACCUGCCACCGACCAAAACACUCCAUGGUCUCCGAAAGCACUUUCCGAGCUGCUCAGCGCCAAGCUCAGGAAAUGCUGCAAAGACCCAUCUCCCUCCCUCACUUGCCUGAGACUCGACAAUGACAAUUCCGACAUUGGGGUCUGGCAGAAGCGCCCUGCUGGAUCGCGGGCGAGCUCCAAUUGGGUCAUGAGGAUUGAGCUUGGGAAGAAGAAGAAUCAGAGUUCUGAUCAUGAUCAUCAAGAGGAAUCACUGUCAUCCUUGACGUCAUCGUCAAUGGUGGGGUUGACUGAGGGUGGAAUGAGUGAGGCAGAUCAGGAUGAAGAGGAUAAACUUGCAAUGCAGAUGAUAGAGGAGUUGCUGAAUUGGAAUUAUCCAAUACCUUCAGCCACAAGUAAUGUUCACGAAGGAAAUAAUAUUUAAAGGGAAUUCUAUAUGCCGGAGUUCUUAACCGUUAAGUUCUUGAUAAAAAACAAUAAUUGGAAUUUAACAGUUAAAAAUUUCGAAGUAUAGAAUAUUUCAAAGUACAGUAGAAAUAUCGAUAGAUAUUACCAACCAUCUGAGCUGCUUGAAUUCCUAGUGUUAUUAGUCCUCGAAGUAAGGAGGCAGUUAAGUGCUCAAUUUGCAGCUACGUACGGUAGUUAAUUAAAUCAUAAAAUGCCACCACACUGUUGUUUUGUGAUUGGUGAUCAACUUGUAGAAAGAUUUGAAGUAGAUAUUCGUCAAUUCUGUGUGUUUGGUAUUA